UAGCAGACCAGUUAUAUGCCCGGCUAGCUGGAAAGCAAGUUUGAAGCGCACAUCGUCUUCCAGGAAGGAUGGGGAGACAGGAAAUAUGAAUGAAUCCGUCCUAGCUAGCAAUCUUCAAUCAUAGCAACCCCAGCAAAAUAGCACCGGUAGGUUGCAAGACAGAAUGAAUAGCGAAGCCAAGAAAAUUCCCUGUACAUGCAUGCUUCUCUGGUCCGGCCAAGCCCGAACCUUCCACCCAUGAUCACCAGCAAAAAGAGAGUUUCGUUGGCGUCUCACAAAGAAAUGUGGACACACGUUCACUACUAAAUACAAACACGCCCGGUCAUAAAUUGCGCGAGCGAUGACCAAAACAAUCCGGGUAUUGAUAAUGGAGUUCGUGUUCUCGCUCUCAGAGGGGUCCGUUGGCAUAAUUACCAAAGAACACCAUACGAUUGAUGAUCCGCUCGCGACAACAAGACGCACCAACCCCACGCAAAACACUAGUCUAGCUAGCUAGCUUCUUGCUUGUAACUUCAUUCCCAAGGGAUAGCUAACCAGCACUCAAUCAAUCGGCUCAUUCAUUCAGCCGAGCUUUGUCUUCGGGUGGACUUGAUGCUUCUGCCAUAAACCAAACAACGACGCAAACAACAACAACAACAACAUUAUGAAGCUUACUACCCUAGUUCCACUCCUCCUCUCUUGCCUCUUUAGUGGGGUCUCAGCACAAGGGAUUCAGAUUUCCGCAUGUACUGCCGACCAGGCCACAGAGCAGACCAAGUUGAACAACGCCAGAAGUGCCUGGCAGAGAAGUGCUGUCAACUACUAUGACUACAAUUGGUCUGAGGAAUACAGCGGUGUUAACUCAGCGGUCUAUCCAUACCGUGUGGUUGUGGAAGUUAGCACUGUCCAGUCCAUCAAUUCCCAAGGACAACUUGUGACAACAGCCAUGACUAUUCCCCAGAUCCUAGAUCAGAUCCAGAGUUACCUUUCCGAUUCCACCUUGAGGGUGUAUGCCACCUACGAUGCCAACUAUGGAUACCCCACUAUGUACCAAUACAUGAACUCUGCUUGUGGAAAUGUUAGUACUCGCCGCAUCAGCGACUUUGAUAUCAACUCAGGAAACAGGCUUUCGGCAUACAAUACCAACAAGGCUCUCUGGCAGAGAAAACGCUGGAACAACUAUGACUACAGCUACCAAGAUUAUGUGCAGUACAAAGAUGCAGCAUGGCCAUUGGUUGUCCAGGUUCGCAACACUCUAUAUGCCAGUGCUCAGGACCACAACAACAACCAAGUCCUUUGGGCUAGUUACAAUGGACAAACCAUUAACGAUUUCUUUGCGUUGAUCAAGCGACAGAUUGAUGCCAAUGUACCUUAUUUGGAGGUCAAUUAUGCAGCCACAGAUGGAUACCCUACGGCCAUUUUCUAUGUCACUGCUGGCAGUACCACAAUCUAUGCUGUUGAGAUCUUUACUUGCUAUGCUGUUUAAGCAAGGAUGGAGCAAUCGGAUUAUUUGUUACAUGGUGGUAGUUAUGAUGGGCUAUGAAUGUGAUUUUAGAGAAAGGGUCCGCAGCGCGGCUGAGGCAGGUCGUCUGAGGCAGCUGGCUAGCUAAUGAUUAAUCGACUAGACACACUCAAAA